UACAGAUGGACUCUCCGAUCUACGUCCGCGGAGGCAUCGAUACCGGUGAACUGCGGGGUCCCUUGGUCUCAAUUCCGAGCAGCAUUCAGGGUUCCUUGACCAAUCUGUUGCUUCUGACCAGUUCAAUUAUGGUUCAGAUGCAUGGGCUGUUCGGGAACUUGAACAACCAACUGAACAAAGUAAGGAACCAAACUCUGGGCUUGUGGAUCGGGCUACCCAACCCUUCACCGCCCCACUCGAGUGCCCAGCUCUUUGCCUUCUGUCGGAUGGAGCCCAGCUCGGACCUCGGCGCCCACCUGCCCUCCGUUAGGGGCUACGUGCUGUUCUCCCAGACCUACCCGAACGGCAGGCUCACAGCCUAUUUCAACCUGAAGGGCUUCCCGCUGUCCGAUUCGCGAGCCCUCCGCGCUAUGCACGUCCACCAGUACCGAGUGGUGGACGGCAACUGUUCCACCACCGGACCGCAUUACAAUCCCCGAAAUGUCAACCACCCCCUGCACCCCGGAGACUUCAACAACUUCCAGGUGCUGUGCGGCAAGAUCGUGGCCUUUAGGACAAACCUCAGAGCCAACCUGUUCGGACCGGAAUCGAUCGUCGGCCGUGGGCUGGUGCUCCACGAGAAGGAAGAUGACCUGGGGCUCGGCGGCAACCAGGCGAGUCUGCGGACUGGGAAUUCUGGCCGGAGGUUGGCGUGCGGCACCAUCACACUCAGCAAAGGUGACCGUUGGAGACGGAUGGUGCCCGACCUUUGAAGCUCCGGACCUCCAGGGCAAGGCGAGCAGUUUGGCAAUUCAACCUGUUAUAUUCUCUCUCCUCACCGGUCCUCCACCACGGAAAAUAAAGUUUAAAAGUUAGAGCGCA